AUGGCGCAGAAUGUCCUCAAUCGAAUCACUGACAACAUCAACGCCGCCACCGACGACCCGACCGUACAACUCGACCAACGGCUCUUCGAAGAAGCAGAGCUAGUACUGCCAGAAACCUUGCAAAGCGGUACGGUAAUAUCAGUGUCCAUUUCUAUUACUGCUCGGUUCUAACUUGUCGCAGAACAGAAGCACGAUCUGGUCGUCUCAUUAUCUGCUCUACUCCCAACUCUUCAGCAAGACCCGUCUCCCGCAGUAAAUUUACUCCUACGGCUGGUAAACGACUACAAAUAUGGCGAUAUUCUCAAAUUGGGCAACGUGCCAUUUACAGACGGUCUUGCUGUCGGCGAGCACAUGGUAUCCUUCAACAAACUGAUUCUAGCACUACUUCAAAAAGCGACCCAUAACGCGGCAGAUGCAGCAUCAGUAGCUGGCAUGCUAGACACAGUUCUGGCUCUGGUGCGAUUGUGGCUCUGCACGUCAGACACAGGCGUCGCAAGCCAAGCUUCACAGAUUCUGCUGGAUCUGCUGAAAGUGGACCAGGAGAUCAAGAAUCCCGACACACGCUUGCCAUCUGGAGGACAGGGACUUGUAUGGAAGCGUAUCUUUGGUGACCGCGAUGUACACCGCACCUUCUUCGAAGCUUGCUCUCUGACUGGGCCUUCACCGUACAAGCUCAGCAAGAGUCGGCGAACUUUGGCACAGGCAAGGCUAAUGGAGUGGCUUCCAAAGGUCGGAGCCAUGGACUGGAAUGCUAUCUCAAGAAGCCAUCACAGCGAUGUAGACGCCGAGUACAAAGCCGAGAGCUUGCUUGAGUUUGCCGUAUUGAAGAUGGUCGACAUCAAGGAUGAUGUACUCAUGCAUCAAUGCCUCAUCAACUUCUUCUCCGACAUUCUUGACUCCACAAAACCCGCCAUUCGGCUGCAUGGAUCUGCCACGGACUCCGUUGGUCUGAGAUACCUGAUCACGCAUGGUGUACAUGCACGCACAACGUCUUUGUAUCUGCAGCUGCCUGGAACCCAACUCGAUCCUCUUGAGUCCAUGUUCCUCUACGGCCCAGCAGGGAACUACAUCGCCACAUAUGCGUCAUCAUACCCGGAGCACUUCCUAGCGAGUCAAACGCCAAAGCAAGUCAAUGAGCGUCUUGGAGCUGCACUGGGCCUCUCGGCGGCAAAAUGGGCACACGCCGAGUCCCCAAAGCACGACCUACAUCUUCUGGCCAGCCUUCCUCGAAGGGCCCUACUGGACACAUCGGGCACACAGGGCUGGCGAUCAAGUCCACUCUCACUUCUUCCCUCGAAAGCCACGAAUUCAGACGUACUGAAUACUCUAGCAACGGUGUUCCACGGGCCACCCCGAGACGUUACCUACCAAGCUGGCUCAAGUCUGGAGCAGGACUCAGCGACGAAACAGGAAGCUGCCGAAGCUCGCGCUCUCUAUUUCCAUUAUCUCGCCCACAACCCGCGCUUCUGGAACGAUGUCACGACCCAUGCAGAUACGGUGGCUCUGAAAGACCUCGCAUUGGCAGCUAUCAACUGUCUGACUGCCGUCAUCACCGCGAAUUGGUCGGAAGAACCUUCUCCUUCUCUCCCAAUCACAAUUGCAACACCUGCGUCGGGCCACCUUGCGAUACUCAGUCCCCCGGCUCUGGAGUACACACUUCCGUACCUGCUCAAGCCGCCGCAGACAUUCGCCAACUUGGUCGGUGGCCGCGGUGACCCGGAGAGCUCGGCGUACACGAUCGCCUCGGCCAAGUUCGACGCCUUGCAGGCUUUCCAUAGUCGGUUGAUCGUGCAGGUAGAACAGAGUCCUGGCGAAGGAUAUGAGGAUAUCCUCGCGACCAUGAACAAGCGGUUGGCGGAGGGGCCUCUCAGUAGGGAGGGCGAGGUCGGCGGUCGCAUCGGUACGCUGGACAUGUAG